AUGCUAUGGCUCCAUGGUCCCGACGGAUCCAAUGACAAUGGCCUGCUACUCUUACGAACCUGCGAACAGCACCGACUCAUCCUGACGAACACCUUCCGCCUCCCGAUGCGAGAGAGGGCCACCUUAAUGCAUCGUCGGUCGCGUCAGUGGCACCUGAUGAACUAUGUCCUCGUCCGGAGGCGAGACCAGCGGGACGUGCUGGUGACAAAGGCGAUUCCGGAUGCUGACGGGCGGACUGAUCAUCGCCUCGUCAUCUCGGAGAUGUGGAUUCGCCUACAGACUUACAGGAGACCUCAAGGUAAGCGACCGCUUGGUAAGCGGAAUAUUAUUUUGUCGUCUUUGCCUGCCACCGUGUCCAUUUACCUAACGAGCUAACUCCACGGCUAGACAACCUUCCAGUCGCUGCCGCGGCCGCCGCAGCCACUUACGAGAACGCCUCCGUAGAGAAUCAAUGGUGCCAAUUGCGGGACACUGUUCAGUCGACGGCUCUGGUUGCCCUCGCUCGGGCACGUCACCAACACCAGGACUGGUUCGACGACAACGACGCCGUCAUCAGCAACCUGCUAUCCGAGAAGAACCGUCUGCACAAAUCCUACGUCGACCGCCUUACCGACGACAACAGGGCUGCUUCCUACCGCAGUAGCUGCCUUGUGCAACAUCGGCUGCGUGAGAUGCAGGGCACCUGGACGGCUCGCCAGACCAAGGAGGUCCAAGGCUAG